AUGACCAUUGUAACCGCAUCAGGAGUCAUUGCAGUACCACCCCAAAUGUCUCCAAUAAUGGAGGUGGACACAGAGGAGGACCAAGAAGACCUUAUUUCUUCUCCAAAUGCAGGACGAUUGUUUAACAGCAACAACAGCAACAACAAUGACACAGAAAAGAAAAAGAACAAGAAAAGGGAGAAAAAGGAAAAGAAGGAUAAGAAAGAGAAAAAAGAAAAGAAAGAGAAGAAACUGAAAAAGGAGAUGAAGCAGAAAGAAGAGAAGGAGAAGGAAAAUGAGAAAGAAAAACAAGAGAAAGAAAAGGAAAAAGAAAAAGAGAAAGAGAAGGAAAAAGAAAAAGAAAAAGAAAAAAAGGAGGGGCCUAAAGAGGUGUUUGUUAUUAACCCAGCGGGACUUCUGUACUACCAAUGGCUGUUUGUAAUCACCACUCCUGUCAUGUAUAAUUGGACAGUCAUCAUUGCAAGAGCCUGUUUUGAAGAACUGCAGCAUGAAUAUCUCCUGAUGUGGUUCAUCUUGGACUACACCUCCGACCUGCUUUACUUGGCUGACAUGGCCUUCAGAGCACGAACAGGUUACCUGGAACAGGGCUUGCUUGUCAAAGAGGAAAAGCUCCUACUUAAGCGGUACACUGACAGCACCCAGUUCCGUAUCGAUGUUGUCUCUAUGAUACCCACAGACAUCUUGUACUUCUUUUUGGGCUUAGACUACCCAGAGAUCCGCAUCAACAAGCUUCUUCGCCUGAACCGCAUGUUUGAGUUUUUCAACAUCUCAGAAACCAUGACUAACUACCCCAACAUUUUCCGAAUCUGCACGUUGGUCAUGUACAUCAUCAUUAUCAUCCACUGGAAUGCAUGCCUUUAUUUUUCUUUCUCCAAGUCUAUUGGGUUUGGAUCAGAUCCAUGGGUGUAUCCCUCUCUCACCGAGCCCGAAUUCGGAGAGCUAAUGCGAAAAUAUUCCUUCAGCCUCUAUUGGUCCACCCUUACUCUCACCACCAUUGGAGAAACGCCAUCCCCCGAGCUAGAUUCUGAAUUCCUCUUCCAUGUUGUUGACUUCCUAGUGGGCGUCUUGAUCUUUGCAACCAUCGUGGGUAAUAUCGCCACCAUGAUCUCCAACAUGAACGCGGCCCAGGCUCAGUUCCAGUCAAGGAUUGAUAACAUUAAACAAUACAUGCAUGCGCGGCAUGUCAGUAAAGACCUGGAGGAGCGUGUCAUCAAAUGGUUUGACUACCUGUGGACUAACAAGAAAGCACAGGAUGAAAGAGAAGUGUUGAGGUAUCUGCCAGACAAGCUACGGGCGGAGAUUGGCAUGAAGGUGCACUUAGAUACCCUUAUGAAGGUUCGGAUCUUUGCGGAUUGUGAGGCGGGGUUACUCAUCGAGUUGGUGCUCAAGCUCCAACCUCAAGUCUUCAGCCCUGGUGACUACAUCUGUCGCAAGGGGGAUAUUGGACGGGAGAUGUACAUCAUAAAGGACGGUAAGCUUGCUGUAGUGGCUGAUGAUGGUGUCACUCAGUUCUGUGUUCUUGGAGACGGAAGCUACUUUGGUGAAAUUAGCAUUCUUAGCAUAAAAGGCAGCAAAGCUGGAAAUCGUAGAACGGCCAACAUUCGAAGCAUAGGAUACUCGGAUCUCUUCUGUCUGUCCAAGGAUGAUCUGAUGGAGGCCCUUACAGAAUAUCCUGAAGCUAAGAGUAUGUUGGAGGAGAAGGGGAGGCAGAUUCUUCUAAAAGAUGGUUUGCUGGAGCUGGACCCUGCAAAAUUUAAGCCGGAUGAGAAGGAUUUAGAGAACCGUGUAAACCGCAUGUACAACACGCUGAACAUCAUGACGACCAAGGUGACAAAGCUGAUAGCAGAACACGAAGAGACACAUAAAAACAUCAAGAAACGCAUUGCAGAGAUAGAACGCUAUGCUGGGGAAGAGGUGGAGGAUGAAGACGAAGAGGAAGAGAGGACAGAGGAAAUAGAGAAGGGUGCGGAGGGGGACAAGAUGGAAGAUGGGACACAAGGGGAAAAGAAAGAGGGAGAUCCAGAGGAAGACAUAGAAAAGACAGAGGAAACAACCGAAGAGAAGUAA